AUGGCGAACGCAGUUCCAGUAGUUCACAAAGCUUGCGCCGCAUGCCAACACCAGAGCAGAAGAUGCGAUGCAAACUGCGAACUCGCCAAAUAUUUCCCGGCGGAAAAAGCCGAAGAUUUUGAAGACGUGUACCACCUUUACGGCAUGCAAAACACGUUGAAAAUACUUAAAUCUGUUGAAGAAGAAGAAAGAGAUAAAACGAUUGAGAGCCUUAUUAUGGAGGCGAAGAUGCGAUUGGAAUAUCCCGUGCACGGCCACUUUUCGGCCGUGAGAAAGCUUAGUAUUGAGAUUGACAAGGCAGAGAAAGAGCUAGAAUUUUCGGGAAUGGCAAGUGUUAUUAUGAUUAGGUUGUGGAGUUUUACACAGGGAUAUGUGUAUGUCAACUGA